AUUUCGUCGCUCCGCCGCCAUUUUAUCCGUCCGGCACAGGCAGCAAGUGAAGCAGACCGAGUGUGUCCGCCUUGUUUGACGAAAAUAAUCAGCACUAUUUUUUUUUGCUUAUUAAACCCAGUUAUUUUUUUCCCCCCGCGUUCGUUUGCAUGUCAGGAAAAGAAGAAACGCCGAUAAUGUCGUCUGAGACCGCACCAGAGAAACCAGGCCAAGGGAAUGCAGUGAAUGGAAAACCCGGCCAUGAUUCCCGGAAGGAGAGAACCUCCAAACGUGGAGGCGGUAGAUUCGAGCCGUAUGGCAACCCCUCCAAGAGAUACCGGGUUUUCGUGAGCAACAUUCCCUAUGAUGUCAAAUGGCAGGCGCUGAAGGACUUGAUGAAAGAAAAAGUGGGUGAGGUAACGUACGUGGAACACUUAAUGGACGUGGAAGGCAAAUCAAGGGGUUGCGCGGUGGUUGAGUUUAGAACUGAAGAACUAAUGAAGAAGGCUGUGGAUAAAGUCAAUAAACACAACCUGAAUGGACGUCCCCUGAAAGUGAAAGAGGACCCAGAUGGAGUGAUUGCGCAGCGUGAAGCCCACAGGGCUCAGGGUGGUGGUGGAGGACCUCCUGGUGGUAUGGGUGGAGGAAUGGGUGGUGGUAUGGGUGGAGGAAUGGGUGGUGGAAUGGGUAUGGGACCCGGACCUGGUGCUCCCUCCAUGGUCAACAUCCCACCGAGUCUCAUGAACAAUCCAAACAUACCUAAUGAGAUCAUCCACGGCCUUCAAGCUGGCAAGAUUGGAAGCACAGUUUUUGUGGCGAAUCUUGAUUAUAAGGUUGGCUGGAAGAAGCUGAAGGAGGUGUUCAGCAUGGCCGGUGUGGUCAUUCGCACAGACAUCCUAGAGGACAAAGAUGGCAAGAGCAGGGGCAUGGGGACGGUCACCUUUGAAAUGCCCAUUGAAGCCGUGCAGGCAGUGUCCAUGUUCAAUGGUCAGCUCCUCUUCAAUCGGACCAUGCAUGUUAAACUGGAUGAGAAAUCUAUGCCCAAAGGUGACUUUGCACCUCCGGAGAGACCACCUGCACUCCCCCGGGGUCUGAGUGGUAUUGGUCUAGGAUUGGGGCCCGGUGGCCAACCCAUUGAUGCUACACAGCUGAACCGUGGUGGUGGGAUGAGCAACAUGGGACCUGGAGGAAUGGAUGGGAUGGGAUUUGGUGGCAUGGGUAGAAUGGGAGGAAUGGAUAAUUUCGGCAGCGGAAUUAACAACAUGGAUCGUUUCGGGCCGUCUGGAAUGGGGAGGAUGAAUGACAUGGAUCGUGGAAUUGGUGCUGCCUUUGACAGAGAAUUUGGUGGCCGCAACGAGAUGGGCAUGUCCCGUAAUAACUUUGGAGACUCUUUUGACAGGGGCAAUUCCAUGGGCAUGGAUCGCAUGAGUUCUGGAAUGGACCGGCUCGGCACCAACAUGGAUCGCAUGGGCAGCUUGGACAGACUGGGCAUGGAUCGCAUGGACCGUGUGUCUGAUCUGGACAGGAUGGGUUCUGGUUUCGAUCGAAUGGGCUCAGGCAUGGAUCGACUGGGGCCCAGCAUGGACAGGCUUGGAUCAGGCCUGGACCGUAUGAGCUCCGGCAUGGAUCGCCUGGGUCCAUCUAAUUUUGAUCGUCUAGGCCCAUCCAGCCUGGAGCGCAUGAGUUCAGGCAUGGAUUUUUCCUCACCCCCCAUGGGCAUGGACAGAAUGAAUUCCGGUCUCGACCGCAUGGGGUCCAGCUUCGACCGCAUGGGCUCAGGCGGGUUAGACCGCUUCCCAGCUCCAGGUAUGGACCGCAUGGGUUCCAGCAUUGACCGCAUGGGCUCUUCUGGUGUAGGAGGACAGUUCGAUCGAGGUGCAGAUAUGGACCGGGGUAACUUUGGCAGCUUCGGUGCAGCAGGAAGGGAGCAAGGAGGGUCAGGAGCUGGAGCUAAUGCCAGAAAGGGUUGCCAGAUCUUUGUCAGAAAUCUGCCUUUUGAUUUUACCUGGAAGAUGCUGAAGGAUGCUUUCAAUUCCUGUGGUAUGGUGCAGUACGCAGACAUUAAGAUGGAGAACGGCAAGUCCAAGGGUUGCGGCGUGGUUCGCUUCGACAGUCCCGAAACGGCAGAGCGUGCCUGCCGCACCAUGAACGGAUAUCGGCUGAAUGGCAGAGAGAUAGACGUGAGGAUCGACAGGAACGCAUAAUCCAUUGACCACAUCUUACUUCUUCCUCCACGGAGCGUUCCAUGAUUUUUGUUUUUUGUUACGUUUAUUAGUGCAAAACUGCAGUUUUAGUUUUUGCUUAAUACAUUUUUAGACUUUUUUUCCCCUUCUUAGCCCCUCCUCUCCUUUUAUCCUGUGAUUGUCACAGUUGACCUUUGGGUUAAAGGUUUGACAAUAAAACCUCAAAUGUU